CCUCAGCUGCUCGCAGUCCUGCUCAGUCUAGCGCCGGCAACGCUGAACUGGCGGCUGCAACUGCGAGAAACUUUUUGUGAUUUCGCCUCUCUCCUCUUGUUGAAGAUGACCUAACAUCGAGAGAGCCUCUGCUGGCCAGGGAUCAGCUGAAGUGUGAGAGAAUCCCUCCCACCUCCACUACCACCACUCGAGGGCUGCUCUGCAGAUGGGAGGUCACCAACAGGUCGUCUCUUUUGCCCAAAUGCACUAUCUGCUCUCCACCCUCGUCUAAGAUGGCUGCCCAUAGCCUUCUCCUGCACCCCAACAGACUGGAGCAGAGCUGCACGUUACCAUGGUGAUCAUUUCCUCAAAAACACUGGAAAAGAAGAAGGGUGUCAAUGAUGUAAGGUCCAAUAACAUCGAAAGACGGCUGCGUGAGCUCCACACCAUGAGCAGAGGAACCACCCUCCUCUCCUGUGGAACUGUGGAGGCAGAUAGGUGGCUGGACCUGGGGCGAAGCUGUGCCAUUCAGCAGAGGGCCCCCCGCCAGUCUGGUGGUGCCAGUCUAGAGAACUUGUGGGAUGUGAUGCCUGAACCAGGGAACAGGCUCUGGGCCAAGGAGCCGGGUAAUGCAACAGCAAUCACCAGUCUCAUAAGAGAUCUCAACCUCUGUGAUGGCAGUAUGACAAACCUGCACUCUCACACCACACCCACCACUGCACACUUCACCACUACAGCCACCAGCCAAGCUCCUGCAGCACCCCCCAGCAAACGCCAGUGUCGCUCCCUGUCGUUCUCUGAUGAAUUCAGUGGUUUCCGCUCAUCUUGGAGGCCCCAAGGCUCCCGUGUGUGGACAACAGUGGAAAAACGACGGUGUUUGAGCGGGGGGAGUGUCCGAGGUGGAGGUGGUUUUCCUGGUGGCCAUUUCCCCUCCAUGCAGCGUAGCUCCAGCUUCAGUUUGCCCUCACGCUCCAGCAUCCCCACAGAAGGAGCCCUUGACCUGCCAUUCUUCAACCAGCGACUGCCUCUCCACCCUCAAUUCACUGCCUCUCCAAUCUCCCCUACCUCUCCUUCUGUGCAACAUCACCACUCCCGCCAUCACCACUUCCUCAGACCUCUCUCCCUCUCCCACGAGCAGAUCAGCUUGCCUGAGCUCCGGAGGGAGGAGGCAUCAGAGGCCAGCUCUCCAGACUCCACCCCAGAACUGGGGAGGCGAGCUGGCCAGAAAGCUGGGGGCACUGGCUGUCUGUCCCGGAGCAGGUCCCAGCCCUGCGUUCUAAACGACAAAAAGAUUGGUAUGAAGCGCCGGAGGCCAGAGGACGCCCAGGAGCAGCGGCCCUCCCUGGACUUGGCAAAGAUGACACAGAAACUUCAGACUUUUCAGAGCUUGAGCUGCCCUGGAUUCUCAUCCACUGAUGGCUGCCCAUCAACCAUGCCUCUUCCCUCUUUUGAGACUACCGGCCAACCGGAUUCAGACUUCACUGCUGUGCCCGAUCUGGGACUGGAGUCACGGCAAGAAGUGACAGGAGACGAGGAGGAAGAGGAUUCCUCCUAUGAGGAACUGGAUAGCGACUCAACUUGUAGCGUGGACUCACGGCCCGGGUCUCCUGUAGGUGAUGUGUGCGGUAAACGCACCCUCUGGAAGGGUGAUUGUGGAACACAGAGGGACAUUUUCCAGCUGGGAGGCGAGCUGGAUCUUGACCAGAUUGAAAGAAACUGAACAUUUUAUAGGAGAUUUUAAAAGACUGUGUCUGGACUGUUGUUGAAUGUUAAAGGAUACUGGUGACGUAUCAAAAGAUGUUUUUUAAGAAAGGCAUUGAGGAAAAAGAAUGGAAGAGUGUUUUGUCCACUUUGAAAGGGAAAGAUGUUGAAAAGACAAUGAAAGUGAUAAAGAUGAUAAAGGAUUAAGUAUGUUGUUAACUGUUGGCUUUUUAGUGACACAUUUGCCUUGAAUAUUCUUACUGUUUGAAUCAAAAAGCAGUAACCUUAGUUGUUUUUCAUUGGGUAUUCAGCUUAACUCAGGAGUGGGAAAGUGAGGGUUAGUCUUAAGAAAAUGUCCCAGCCCCCCACUGUCUGUCAACCUGAUGACCUUUCCAAAGUCAGCUAACCAUAGCUUUGUAGUACUGUAGCAGUAGCUGGGCUCUCCUGUAUUUAGCCCAAGUUUGUUUUUCAGAGAAAGUGGGGUGAAACAGGGAGAGGUAAAACAACAGGAAGAAGCACAUACUUACCCUUGACCUUUCUCUUUCUGUUUUGUGCACACAUGAAACUCUGAAUUUGCUGAAUGUAGGCUCAAUAAGCUUUAAGGAUAGUUUGGGGGAAAAAAGACAGUGCCUUCUUUUGGAUAAUUGAUCUCCCCGGUUCUUUUCAAGAAAGUAGCCUCAAUCGAAGCCACCUUUCCUGAGCUGUUUUUGUAGUUUCUUUAAUAUGCAAAUUGUAUAUUUGAAUUAAACACUGAAUCUCUCAAGUUUUCAGUUCUAAUAUCAAUGUAUAUUUUUCUAAGUAACUUUUAUAUGAGCUGUUUGUGAAGGAGCAAGAAUACAAGACCUUUCUUCUAACAGAAUGGACAUGAAAUAAAUUUACA